CCUGGUUAUUUUUACUGGGUCUCUUCUUCUUUCAAAAGACAUUUCAGUAAACUUGGUAGUGUUACACUUUCUUGGCUUCACCAAGUAUAUUCAGUUACAGUAAAUGUCCAAGGGAACUACAUUAAAGUCAACAUGAACCAAUCGUAAAAUAAUGUUAAGAAUAGACAAUUAUGAAAACAGAGCACAUACCACUUCUGCAGAGGCAUGUGCUUAACAGAAACAGCACUACUUUGUUGACUUGUAGGAAUAUCUGACAGGAUGUGGUAAAUGUGGACCCUAAUCUCAAAGCUUUACACAUCUAGAUCAAAUAUGUAUCUUUGCAAAAGUCUAUAGAUACAGUUUCUUAGGCGGAAAUUAAUACAAUGUAUAGUUUAGUUUCUAAUUAAUAAUGCAGUCAGGGAUGCAACACAUCUAACAUUCACCUUCCAAUGUCAAAGAGUAUGAUGGUUAAAUUGUACACUAAAACAGCUGGCUGUAAAUUUGCAAAAGAUCUAAUAUAAUAUUAUAUAAUAAUAUAACCAAGGAUCUCUUCAACUGUCAUUCAACUUUUUAUCAGGCCCAACCAGACUGCAUGUUCUGCCUGCUGUCAAUUUUUUUUACUCAUACAGCAGAGUUUGAUAGACCAGAGGAGGAAACAGAAGUUGUUCUCCUUUCCCACAUUGAUGGCUGGUGGUCUCCGAUACUCACGUUUCUUAUCAUACAGUGCUCUGCUGCUGAUUGGGGUCUACAUCCAUGAUGUGAAGGCUUCCAGUUGUCAACGUGUCAUCCAUAAAAAGGUUGGAGACACCGUAGAGUUUUCAUCAUGCUUACCAACUGAAGGGGUCACAAUGGCAAAAUGGAAAUAUAAAGAGUCAAUAAUAGCAGGCAAAGAUGUUGUCUCUGUAGAACAUCAGUUCAAGGGCAGAUUAGACCUAAACCCAACAAACUUUAGUUUAACAGUGAGAAGACUGACUCUCAAUGACUCUGGUGAUUUCAGUUUUCUCUCAGAGGUGGGUGGCAGCCAAAGGGGAACAGACACUUUCACUCUGACAGUUCAUGAGGCCAUAACUGUCAUAAUUGUUUCAAAUUCUACGUGGCACACCUUAAACGAAUCCUGUACAGUUUUGCUGGAGUGCAACGCAACCUCUGACAUCAGUAACAGUAACAUCACCUACAAAUGGGCCGUGAGGAAUCAAAUCAUAGGAGGCCCCAGACUGGAAUACAUCAUCACACCUCAGGACGAAGACACCAAAUUCACCUGCACAAUUUCCAAUGAAGUCAGUAAGAUGUCUGCAACCGAAACAGUGAAAUGUAGCCCAGUGUCUCUUGUAGCGUUGAUUAUUGGGCCGGUUAUUGGAAUUUUACUGAUUUUUCUACUGCUGCUCUCACUGCUUUUCUACACAAAGUCAAAGGAUCCAUGUUGUAACAGGGCCACCCAGUCUCAAACGGUCAACCAAGAUGAAACUCAACAGCCUGUGUACUCUUCUCUUCUCCAUGGUGAUGGUUGUGUCUAUGAACCAUUGAGAGGCUCUGAAGAUGCCGGAACAGGUGAUGGUUGUGUCUAUGAAGUAAUGAGAGGCUCUGAAGAUGCUGGAACAGGAGGACCACCAAAUCAAUACAGUAAUCACAUCGCGAUCAGUUUUUCUCAAAGAUCUUGACAAGCGGAGUAAGUGCACAAAAUAUUAAAAAACAUUGAAAUGAAUGCAAAAUAUGCAUAUAAAUAUGAUGUUCCCAGAUCAGAAUACAUUUACAUACACACUCU